AUGCUGGACGAGCUAGAUAACGUCUUCGACGACCAUCCGUCCCUGGAUGCCUCGCUCGAGGACUUUGAGAACAACAGUAAUGCGCAUCGCUCCCCACUCUUUAGCCUACCGUCCCAGCACUCUGGAUUUCGGUCAGAAGAGUCUGAUGGUGAGCUUGAUGAUUCUACAGCGGGAGAUCGCUGGUCGCCUCCAGGUAUGCACCAGCAUGACUACGUUCAAGGUAGUGGCUGGUACCGCCAUCAGCCCUAUGGGCGCAAAGCGCACCUCCAUGCGGACCAUUUGGAACUUAAACCCACUGUCGGAGUGAGCAUGUCCCCGUCCAUGUCGCGCGAACCGAGUCCACAGUAUGAAGAUGCCCUCGAAGGCCCGACGAGGCAGAAGGCCAGUGACGAUGGCGACGUCACGAUCGCAGCCAAUGUACCUCUACCCCAUAGCGGAGGUACCCCACAGACCGGACGAUCCCCCAGCCCAGUUCCACCGCAGGGCCCUGGCGCAGCGCGCAACCGUCCCGAGGAUGAUGGAUCCGGGUUUGGUCCAGAGAAUCUGAGUAACUACAUUCGUUUUGCCGUACGCGCAGAGGUUCAGCAUCGUGAACCUAUUGCUGCCAUCUUUGGCUACUUGCGCGGCAAGUUUGAUAAGAUCACCAGCUCCAAGUCUAAUACAACCUUGUCGGUCCUAGUCCUCCUUCUAUCCGUCGCAUUUAUGCGCGCGCUAUUUCUUCCAGGUCUCCCCCAGGCAAUCCCCGAUCUGGUCAAGCUAUCUGGCUUUGCGCGCUCAUUCGAGCCGUUGAUUUACUAUUCUGAGAAUGGAGUCCAACAGAUUGGCACCCUACAAGAAACGGGCGUUGCGGUUUGGGAUCUCAGCGAGUCGGUCCGUGGCACGAAUAUGACUAGUGCACCCAUUAUCGUCCGGCAAUUGGACGAGCUGUCCGACUCGCUCAAGUCAUUGUCCCUCGAGCUAACGCGGUUCUUCGCCAACGUCGACUCGGAUGUCGACUCCAUCCUGAUUGUGAUGGACUGGGCCAAGCGCGAGCUAGAAACACUCUCUGCUCAACCGCCCAGCACGUUACCCACUAUCAUGUUCGACAAUGUGCACAACAUGCUAUCCAGACUCGGUGCCCUAGAACAAACGACAGAAAUCCCCGACGGCGGCAACACAGCGACCACUACAACCCUAGGCCACGUCGUCAUGGCCGUCUUCGGUCCAACAUCCGCCCAGCGUACCCGCGCAACCCUCACCCGCACCUUCACCGAGUUCCUUUCCGUGCUAGAAGAGUCCAUCAACAGCGAAUUAUCCCACUCAACCGCGCUCUUCGCCCUCUUCGAGUCUAUCGACCGCCAAUUCCUCAAUCUCCAACGUACCGUGGUCCGCGAAUCUGACGCCCAAGAGCGUGCUGAAGGCGAGAUGCUCAGUUCCCUCUGGACCCGUGUACUAGGACCGGACGCAGCCGCUGUCCGUAAGUACGAGAAGAACAAGAAACUUCUCGCGAACGUACGCAGUCGCACCGUCGCUAAUAAGCAUCUCCUGGUUGAUCACCGGGGGCGUCUUCUCACAUUGAAAGUCAACCUGGAGACGCUGCGCCGGAAGCUGGUCAGCCCGCUUGUGCGUCGGAAUGACUCGGUCAGCUUUGUUGGCAUUGAUGGUGCAUCUGCGUCCGGAAGUUCUGGUGCCUCAGGUCGCAUGCUGGGUCCCGUCGAAGCCGUUAUCGAUGGCCAGAUCAAGGGGUUGGAGGGGACCUAUGAAUACCUCCGAUCAGUACGGGAACGCCAAAAGGCCAAGCUGAUGGAGAUGGUAUACGGCUCUGGGAGGAAACCAUCUUCGUCAUUGUUAGGUGGUAUUGACGGGCAAGAUGAGGAGAUUGACGGAUAG